AUGAAGAUCACGGUUGUGGGCGGUGGUCCUGGAGGCCUUUAUUUCGCGUUGCUCACCAAGAAAGCGCGUCCGGACUGGACCGUUGAGGUGUAUGAGCAGAACCGCAAUGACGACACUUUCGGUUUCGGUGUCGUGUUCUCCGACGAUACGCUCGACGAGUUCCUGUCUCAUGAUCCUGAAACCUACGACAAGAUCCGGGAUCAUUUUGCCUAUUGGGACGACAUAGCGAUCCAUUUCAAGGGAGAGGAAAUUCGUUGCUCCGGUAACGGGUUUUGUGGAACGUCGCGCUUCGCGCUGCUACGCAUUCUGCAGGAGCGGUGUCGCGAACUCGGCGUCAACAUGGUGUUCUGCGAGCGCAUCGAUCCGGAAGAUCUGCAGUCCCGUUUCGCUGAUUCUGAUAUCAUCGUUGCCUCGGACGGCAUCAACUCGGCUAUUCGCGACCAUUUCAGCGAAUCCUUCAAACCGAGCGUGACGAUCAAAUCCAACCGGUUCUGCUGGAUGGGAUCCACCCGGCAGAUGGACGAGUUCAACUACUUUUUCCGCAAGACAGAGCACGGGAUCAUUUGCGCUCACACCUACCAGUACCAGACUGACCGCUCGACCUGGGUGUUCGAGAUGGACGAAGCCUGCUGGCAGGGUCACGGUUUCGAAGAGUUUGACGAGGAAGGUUCCAAAGAGAAGCUCGAGACGAUCUUUCAAGAGGAACUGAAUGGGCACGGUCUGCUUCUGAACCGGUCGAACUGGCGAAAGUUUCCCCGGAUUUUCUGUGAAAACUGGUCCCACGAGAACAUUGUCAUUCUGGGAGAUGCAAAGGCUUCCGCGCAUUUUUCCAUCGGCUCGGGAACCAAGCUUGCCAUGGAAUGCGGGAUCGCGCUCUCACAAGCGGUUCUCAAACAUGGCGAGCAGUCGGUCAGCGCGGCCUUCAAGGCUUACGACGAUGCCCGCCGGACGCCAUGCCAGAUCAUUCAGCACAAUGCCGACGUAUCCCUGGGUUGGUUCGAGCAUAUGGGGCGAUCCUGGGAUAUGGAUCCCAUGCAGUUCUCGAUGGUGGUGAUGUGCCGGGCGAAAUCAAUCACUUACGACAAUCUCAUCCUGCGCGACCCUGACUAUGUCGAGAAUGUGGAUACCGCCUGGUACGAGCAGUACUACCGGGAAAGCGGUGUCGAUGUGCGCGACAGUCGCCCGACGCCCAUGUUCACACCCUUCAGGCUCCGGGAGAUGGAGGUUCCCAACCGGGUGGUGAUGUCGCCGAUGGCGCAAUAUUCGGCAGAUCAGGACGGAAAUCUGACCGAUUGGCAUUUCACACACUACACCUCGCACGCGCUGGGCGGCAUGGGGAUGAUCUUUACCGAGAUGACCUGUCCGUCGCCGGAUGCGCGAAUUACGCUUGGAUGCCCGGGAAUGUGGACGGAUGUACAGGAGGGGCAAUGGAAGCGCAUCGUCGACUUCAUUCACGCCAAUUCCGAUACCAGGGUCUGCAUGCAGCUUGGCCAUUCCGGCCGGAAAGGAUCCACGCAGCUUGGUUGGGAGAAAAUGGAUUUUCCAAUCGAGACGGCCGAUGACAACUGGCCGCUCAUAUCCGCUUCUCCGAUCCCCUAUUUCGACGACGUCAGCCAGGUGCCGCACGAGCUUGACAGAGCUGGCAUGGACAGAGUUCUCAAGGAUUUUGUGCAAGCUGCACAGCGUGCUGCGCGCGCAGGCUUCGACAUGCUGGAGCUGCACUGCGCGCACGGCUACCUGCUCGCUUCAUUCCUGUCGCCACUGACGAACCGCCGGAGCGACGGGUAUGGCGGAAGUAUCGAAAACCGGCUGAAGUACCCACUUGAGGUAUUUGCGGCCAUGCGGGCCGUCUGGCCUGAAGACAGGCCGAUGUCGGUGCGUGUCUCGGCGACCGACUGGAAGGAGGGUGGACUUGAUGAAAAAGACCUUUUUGCCAUCGCGGAAGCCUUCCGUGAAGCCGGUUGCGACCUGAUCGAUGUUUCGGCCGGCCAGACCGUGCCCGAUCAGGAACCGGUCUACGGCCGGAUGUUCCAGGUGCAGUUUUCAGAAGCCAUCCGCAACGUUCCGAGGAUCGCAACCAUGGCCGUCGGCAACAUUACCGAUGCUGCCCAGGUCAACACGAUCCUGCAUACGAGGAGGGCGGACCUCGUGGCACUCGGUCGGCCGCACAUGUGGGAUCCCUAUUUCACGCGUCGGGCCGCGGCACAUUAUGGCGCGCGGGUCGGACACUGGCCGCCACAAUACCUGUCAGGUCGUGAUCAGGCCUAUCGUGAGCUUGCCAAGGCAAGGGACGCAACAAUCGAGUUACAGCGCAAGGCGCGACCGAACCAACAUCAGAAAGCGAUGCAACAGGCGGCGGAAUAG